GUGGGGUCACACAGAGGCGGAGGAGAGAAGCAGAGAGAGAGACUCUGAGCCCAACCCCGAACACGGCAACAAACCCAGCUGCCGAAACGACGCCGCGCACAAAAGCAAAGCGGAUUUUUUUUUAUUUUUUUCCCUCCCUCUCUCUCUUUCUUUCUCUCUAUCUAUCUCACAUACACAAACUAGGGCCGACAUGAUCGAGGAGACUCUCUGAGACCAAACCCGACCGUCGUUUCUUCUUUUUUUUUUAUUUAAAAAAAAAAAUUACCCCCUUUUCUUUUCCUCCUCCGAAAGCUGGAGCAUAAAAAAACAACUUGUUAUUCAAAUCCACCACCACCACCACCACCUCCCCGCCCGCUGCACUCCACCCCUCCGUACCGCUGCACCCCAUCUUAGCUACCGAGAUGCACACGGAGGCUCGCAAUAAGAAAUGCCAGACGAAUCCUGAGAAAUCCAACGUUGCUACCUCAGAGCCCUCCAAGGAGAUGCCAUCCAUACAGAUCAAGCCUGAGCCAGAGGAGGUGGAGUGCACGGUGAAGCAGGAACCUGAGGACGAUUUCCCAGAGCCGACAGACCUGAAGCUGAAGUCCUCUCCCCCUCCUCUGUGCAUCAUCAGCACGCACUCUGUCGAUGCUGACCAGACUGAGCCUGUGGACCUGUCGCUUAAUAAACCCCGCCCCUCACUACCUAUCACCGCCACACCCAUGGUCAUGCCAGUCAAACCUGCGCCGGUGACGGGCACGAUCACCACCAGCACCACGCUCCCGGCCGUCCUGGCGUCCUCGGGCUCCAUUCUGGCUCAGGGUGUUGGAGGACAGCAGAUCCUACACGUCAUCCACACCAUCCCCUCGCACGUUGCGGGCAAAAUGGGCCAGCUUCAGACCAUCCCUCUGGUGGUACAGUCACUGCCUGUUGUCUACACGGCCGUGCCUGCUGAUGGAGUGCCCACCGCCGCCACCGCCAUCACCGUGCCUCUCAUCGGCACAGAUGGCCGCUCCGAAGGGUCAGUGCGGAUUAAGCCUGGCUCGACGUCCCCGGUGGAGUACCAGAGUGACAGCGAUACAGAGAGUGGCACAGAGUCCGGAUCAGCUUCCUUCAGAACACAGAGCAUGGACAACAGCUUAAGCACAGACGUGGACAUCCAAGCAGAUCCCGACUCACCUGACAUGAAGAGACGACGAGUGCACAUGUGCGACUACGACGGCUGCAACAAAGUGUACACCAAAAGCUCUCAUCUGAAAGCUCACCGCAGGAUACACACAGGAGAGAAACCGUAUCAGUGUACGUGGGAAGGCUGCACGUGGCGUUUCGCCCGCUCCGACGAGCUGACGCGUCACUUCCGCAAGCACACGGGCAUCAAGCCGUUCCGUUGCACUGACUGCGACCGCAGCUUCUCCCGCUCCGACCAUCUAGCCCUUCAUCGGCGCCGCCAUGUCAUGAUGUGAGCCCGGGUCGGUUCCUCUCCUUUCCUCGGAAGACUCUGCCCCCUCUCCCCUCUCCCCUCUCCUUCUCCCCCAUCAGAAAGGGCUGAGAGAACUGUGAACUGUCCCUUACCUUCCUCAGAGCCGCAUACGAUGAAGAUAACGCCGCAUGUCUUUGGGGUUCUUGUACCCACAAAGUCACCGAACACGCUUCAAAUCAAACAAACAAAAACAAACAAACAAACGCCGCUCAUCCGUCCAGUCCUCAUUUACACCAGGCUACGCUGUUUAUCCCAACGCUCGCUUCAACGAGGAAGCUGCAGCCGCGAGAUGCAGCGAUUAGAACAGACUGAAGGGCCGAGGGUUUGUCUGAAACCGUCCGAGAGAAAGAGAAGAGAAGAGAAGAGAAGAGAAGAGAAGAGAAGGACCAGAUGACGGAGGGCGCGAAAAGAGAAGCGAUAGGUUUUUAACCACAGGUUUACAAAAUCUCUUCUCAUCAUUUGAGUUGUAUGUUUUGCCGAAACAUUUUAGUCUUUUUAGACACUUUUUCGUUUGUUUGUUUGCAUGUACUAACUUUUUUGUGUUGAUGGUUGUGUGGCCGAACGUCAACAUGCGUUUUUUUUUUUUUGUUUCCUUUUUAAAAUGAAUUUCUACUCGCUAUUUUAUGAACAAACGUUUCGCCGUUCUGACUUUUAUCAGCUUUCCAUCCUGCACCACCACCUAGAGGGAGAGAGCAAAGACUGUGAAGUUUCUAGAAUUCCGUUUUUGUGAAUUGGCAAAUUUUUUUAUUUUUUUUUUAUUUUUUUUUUAGAAAGAGAUGAAGAGAGCGACAGACAGAGAAAGAGAGAGAGAGAGCGACAAAGGGAGAGAGAGAGAGAGAACAGAUCAAGGCCUCACACCGAGGUUUUCAGCAAGCUACAAAGUUUCUGAAUUUCAUGCUGCAUUAUUGCAAUUGAGCAUCAUUCACAAAAUAGAAGAGGAAAAAAAAACCCAAACAAAACACAAAAAAAGACAAAUACAAAAUAUAUUUGGCUCGGUAACAGUAUUUAUAAUAUACAUACAUAUAUAUAUCUAUAUAUAUUUUUUAAAUCCUUUUUAUUUGUGUUCUGCCAAAAUUGGCAUUUUAAUUAAUUCAAGUUUUUUCAGGUGAUGAUUGUCUCAUGAGGCUGUGAAAAAAAAAAACACAACAAGAAAAACAAAAGAAUAAAGUUCAUCUGAAUGGGACUAGGAUAGGAAAUAGGGGCUCUUGAUAAGUGUGUGUGUGUGUGUGUGUGUGCGCGUUUCUAAUAUAAUCAGAGGUUUAAUAUUGGAGGUGUGUGUUCUAGGCACAUGUUGUUGACGCCCUUCAGAGCCUUAAUUGUAAGUAAAUGUGCAACUCAAAUGUGUUUUUGCGCAUCUCGUUCGUUCUUCGGAGUUCCUCAGGGUUCUGGGCUGGGACCCCUAGUAAAGAAAGGCACCAUUUAAAAAAAAAAAAAUCUUUAUUUGUUGAUCAACAAUAACCACAUGUUAAAGGAACAGUUUUAGCUCCGGCCCUGUUUUCACUCGAUUAUGCAGAAGUUAGACUCCGAUCCUUGGACCUUCCCCUUGACCUUCUUACGAUAUUUAAAUUGUGGGGGGAAAAAAAACAAACAAACAAACAAACGAUAACAAAGAGCACAGUCUCGUUCAGAGAGGAAAGUAUCUCUCUUUUUUUUUUUUUUUUUUUUGGACCCUCGUCUCAAUCCCUUUCAUGCUAGCACUCGUUAAUAAUUAUGGUCACGAUUUCAACAGCUAGCGGAUUAUAAAGAGGUGCGUUUUUUUUUUGCCCUUUUGUGUCGUUUCGGAAGCUUGAACCGAACCGCAGCUUAUUCAAUUCCAGCCUUUAUGAGUUGAGCGCACGUUUGCGGCAAAAGAAAACAACGAAUUAAAAAAAAACGUAUCAAUAAAAAAACAAAAAUCGUCGCUCCAGUGCAAUCUCCAGACGUCAGAUCUAUCGUUCUGUUCUUUUGCUUCAACUCUAAACUUAAGCACAUCUUUUUAGAAAACUAUAUGCAUUCGAAUGCGAUCUUUCUUUUUCUUUUUCUUUUUUUUCUUUUUUUAAAUAAACUGUUCAUAGGCAUACAGACAAUUAUAAAUAAUUAACAAAUACGUGUACAUACUGUAUAUAAUCAAAGUUCUGAAUAAACGUAACGGGUGGAUUUCUAUUUUUAACACUGACUAGACAAUGUGAAUUUUUCUUUUUUUCUUUUUCCCUUUCUUUCUUUCUUUCUUGGCUCAACAAUGUGUUCUUUUUUUUUAAAAAAAAAAAAUCCCUUUUUAAUCUGAUGUGUUGUAAAUCUUUUGUGUUGCAUGGAGAGAAUUUCUUUGUGAAGUUGCUGAGCAUGUCAGCGUGUCCCGUCGGUGCCCUGACAAACGUGGCCUGUAAGCACUGAUAAUCCAUCUUUAUUAUACAGAUAUACGACGUGGCAUUUCUAGUGCAAUUAAAGCCAUUCUUUGCACGUAAAUAAAUAAAAAAAAAAAAAACAGCUACUACCUGACUUUAGUAACGCGCUCUUUCUAUCUUUAGAGAUACAGGUCGCAGAACUAAAAUGACGCCAAGGGAUAAAAACAAAACCAUCGAACAAAUGAAUUGCACGUCGUCGAGGUUUUGUGCGACCGAAAUGCCACGAGGAACCUCGAGUCGGAACAUCGUGGAUGAAUUUUAUUUUUAAAAUUGACGAUUUUACGUCGUUCCUUGAUGUUUUUACGUCCGGUGACUGAAUUUGCCAUCGUUCGAGCAUGUUUACUCGUUUUCACUUUGAGUUUAGCAACGAUUUAAAAAAAGGAAAAAAAAAAAAAAAGAAAAACACGUACACGUAUUCUGGGUUUUUGUUUCGCGUGAGCAAGUGUGAUGAUCAUAAAUCCUAAAAAAUUUUUCCUUUUUUUUUUUUACAUUUUUUAAUUUAAUUUUUUUUCUUUCUGUCUUUUUGUUUUAAAGGUCAGAAUCCUAGGUAUUUUAUAUUGAAUGCAGUAACUUAUGGGCCAGUACUAUAUUACUCAGUGCAAUGCAGUUAUCAUUAUAAUAAUACAAGUAAUUAAUGUUAUUUCUUUUGUAUUUGUACAGAACAAAUGUGUAAAGAUCAAUGAGGUGAACACAAGCUUUUUGAUACUGUGAGAAAUGGUGUUAAAAGUCAGUUUCCCCUGUACAGUCGUGAUUAUCUACGCCUUUUAUAGAAUAAAGUGUUUUUUUUUUU